UGUUUUGUAUUUCAGUGAAGUGUUAGCCCAUUUUGGGAAGGUUGAGGUCGAGCGGAGGUAUUUCAAAUGCAUGAAACCGGAGUCCGAUAUAUCAAACAGUGUACGUAGAAGUUCCCAUUUGGUUGCUUUGAAAUUUGUAGUUCAUUAUUUUAGUUAAUGCCAUUUAGAAAUUGUAUGAAUGACAACAUAACGGAUAUUGUUUAUGUAAAUGUCAGAUCAUUGAUUGCUUUGCUCAAAUCAUGAAUUUUCGAGAGAAGAACCGCAACGGCAUUGGAACAAAGAGAACUUGGUUUAUGCCCACCAGACUUUCGAGCAAGUUACUUGGAAGAACGAUGACUGUGGAGAGGAUGGCGAAGCAGCAAGAGUGGUCCACUCUUUAUUACGAUGCAGAUUUGAGUUUAUGUCACACUAUGGUGAUACCCUUACUGGAUACCGAGAGUGCUCCGCACUGGUUUGCGGCAAAUCUGAGCAUGGAUAAUACAACAGUGGAAAUUAGGGACUCGUUGUCUUCUGCAAUGCAUAAGAGGUCACGUCGGAGCACCUGCGUAGAGAUGACUUUGGACCAAUUGUUUGCCCCUGUCAAGUCGGGAGACCUGAAUUUCAGCGAAUUUGUAAUUAUUUCUUCAAGCAAGGACUACCCACAACAACAAAAUGGCCACAAUUGUGGAAUGUUUGUAAUGAAGUACAUGGAAUCACUAUUCGAGGAAAAUGAAAUAAUGGAAGAGGUAAUUUAAUGUUGAUUUCUUUAGUUUAAGUUUUCAUCCAGUUAACUA